UUUCAAGUUCCGAUUUUCUGCUUCCGGGUUUUAAAAAAUAUUUCUCGAGUUGUAAGUUUCUCUGCUUCAAUUCUGACGAUCAUGUUCUAUAUAUAAUAUUCAGCCACAACAACACCCAAAGGCUGUGUGUUUUUCAUUGAAUUAUGCCUGAUUCAACGGAGUAUUCAGCUAUGGAUUUGAAAAAUAUAUCUUGGUUUGGAAAUAUGUACCAGAAGUUUGAAGCUUUAUGCUUGGAGGUUGAAGAGGACACUGUUAAUUAUGUUGAAAGUCAGGUGCAAAUUGUUGGUGAAAGUGUCAAGAAGUUCUAUUCAGAAGUGAUGCAAGAUUUGCGUCCCAGAUCGUAUGUAGAUCCUGUGAAAGUUGCUCGUAAUGACUUGUCUCUAUUUGCCCAGAAUGAGAUUGAGAAGAAGGCAAAGGAAAACCUCGUAGAACAGCCUGGGGGUGUUGAUAUGAAACUUUCAGAGGAUUCUGAAGUUCUCAAGGGGAAAAACAACCUUGGAGGAAAAAGUUUGGGGAUCGGAGAGAACUCUAAAGACGACCAAUCUCUGCUUAAAAUGUCUGGGUCAGUAACUCCACUUUCGGAGGAGAGGAAUAGGAUGCCUUCAGUUUAUGAGAAUAGACGAGGUUAUUCUAUGGCACGUGACCACAUAACUGUGGCUUUACCUGAAUUUGGCAAUUCUGAAUGUACUUCCUCUUUAGCUAGAGGAUGUGCUUCUAAAGAAACUACAACGGGGAGUUGUGAUCAUAUACCAGUUGUAAGUAUGCCUGUUAUUAGCAGUUCAAUAGGUGCUGCAGCUUCUGAUACGACUUCACCCGUUGAAUCUUCUGGGCUUCUGGUAGAAGAUUUUGCACUUAUUUCCUCAUUCGGUGGCCCAUCCUUAAGAUCAAGUGAAAGACCACAGAAUUGCAACACCGAUGUUGUUGAGACGUUCGAUGUGACUGAGCAAGUGAUGGAAAUGGUCGAGCUCAUUGAUGAGCAACAGCUAGAGGAAACAUGUGUUUUGAUUGAAGGCAACAAGCUCCAUUUCCCCGAGCAACCGGUCAAACAUAAGUCAUACAAGAAAAAAAUUCGGGAAGCAUUUUGUUCAAAAAAGGGAUCAACAAGGGAGUAUGAACAUCUCGUAGCACAACAUGAAGGUCAACCUUUAAAUCGGGAGGCUGAAGAAAAUGUGAUGCCUGCUCUGGUAGCAAAGUUGAACAUGAAGCUAUCCGCUAGUGGUUUUCCUGAUUCUGAGUGGGAGAUUAUAUAGAUAUAUGACACUCUAAAUCGUAUUUCUUUUUCUGAUCAGUUCCAUGAGAUUUCUAAAGAUUAGAAAAUGAUUCACUGUGCAUCAGUAAAUCGUGUGGUGGUAUGAACAAUCAGUGAUACAUUCAUAGAAGCGACACUUAUGUGUCACUUACAACUGUUGCAAUUUCAUUUUAUGCAAUAUGAUAGCUUUUUUUCUUGCUCUUGAAA